GGUAGUUUGUAAAAUCUCGCGGUUGUGUGGAUCCGUGGAGCAUCACACGAACCAUAAUAAUCCGAUUUUCACUUAUUUUCUCUCUUUUCUGGAGUAAGAGGUCUUCCGUGGGAGAUUAAAGCGGGCUCGACAUGUCGGACAGCGACGACAGCGACUUCUCCGACAACCAGAGCGAGCGCAGCAGCGACGGAGAGGCCGAGGAGGCGGAGGAGAAUGAGGAGGAGCCCAACAGCCCGGUGGGCAGCGACAAGGUGGCGGACGAGGAGGGCGAGGACCUGGAGGACGAGGAGGAGUACGACGAAGAGGAGGAGGAGGAUGACGAGGACCGUCCCAGGAAGAAGCCGAGACACGGAGGCUUCAUCCUGGACGAAGCCGAUGUGGACGACGAGUAUGAAGACGAGGAGGAGCAGUGGGAGGAAGGAGCCGAGGACAUUCUGGAGAAAGUUAACGAAGAAGCUGAAGUGUCCAACAUCGACCACGUGGUCCUGGACGAGGACCACUCACGAUCCCGGAGGCUGCAGAACCUCUGGAGAGACUCCAGGGAGGAGGCGCUGAGCGAGUACUACAUGAGGAAGUACGCCAAGACGUCGGGAGGAGAGCACUUCUCCGGAGGGUCCGAGGAGCUUUCUGAUGACAUCACACAGCAGCAGCUACUUCCUGGUGUCAAAGACCCCAAUCUGUGGACGGUCAAGUGUAAGAUCGGCGAGGAGCGAGCAACCGCCAUCGCGCUCAUGAGGAAGUUCAUCGCCUACCAGUUCACCGACACACCCCUGCAGAUCAAGUCGGUGGUGGCGCCGGACCAUGUCAAAGGCUACAUCUACGUGGAGUCGUACAAGCAGACGCACGUGAAGGCCGCCAUCGAGGGCAUCGGGAACCUGCGGAUGGGCUUCUGGAACCAGCAGAUGGUUCCCAUCAAGGAGAUGACCGACGUGCUCAAGGUGGUCAAGGAGGUCACCAACCUGAAGCCCAAGUCCUGGGUCCGGCUCAAGAGGGGCCUGUACAAGGACGACAUCGCUCAGGUGGACUACGUGGAACCCAGUCAGAACACCAUCUCCCUGAAGAUGAUCCCCCGGAUAGACCUGGACCGCAUCAAGGCCAAGAUGAGCCUGAAAGACUGGUUCGCUAAGAGGAAGAAGUUCAAGAGACCUGCCCAGAGGCUGUUUGAUGCUGAGAAGAUCAGGUCUCUUGGAGGAGAGGUCAGCCAUGAUGGAGACUUCAUGAUCUUUGAGGGGAACCGUUACAGUCGGAAAGGCUUCCUUUUCAAGAGCUUCGCCAUGUCGGCCGUGAUCACCGAUGGAGUGAAGCCUACUCUGUCAGAGCUGGAGAAGUACGAGGACCAGCCUGAGGGAAUCGACCUGGAGGUGGUGACAGAGUCAGGGAAGGAGCGGGAACACAACCUGCAGGCCGGCGAUAACGUGGAGGUGUGUGAAGGAGAGUUGAUCAACCUGCAGGGCAAGAUCCUCAGUGUGGACGGCAACAAGAUCACCAUCAUGCCCAAACAUGAAGACCUGAAGGACCCUCUGGAGUUCCCGGCUCACGAGUUGAGGAAGUAUUUCCGUAUGGGCGACCACGUGAAGGUGAUCGCCGGCCGAUACGAAGGAGACACUGGCCUCAUCGUCCGGGUGGAGGAGAACUUCGUCAUCCUGUUCUCCGACCUCACCAUGCACGAGCUGAAAGUGUUGCCCAGAGACCUGCAGCUGUGCUCGGAGACGGCGUCGGGCGUGGACGCCGGCGGGCAGCACGAGUGGGGCGAGCUGGUGCAGCUGGACCCCCAGACGGUGGGCGUCAUCGUGCGGCUGGAGAGGGAGACCUUCCAGGUGCUCAACAUGCAUGGCAAGGUGCUGACGGUGCGCCACCAGGCGGUGAACCGCAGGAAGGACAACCGCUUCGCCGUGGCUCUGGACUCGGAGCAGAACAACAUCCACGUCAAGGACAUCGUGAAGGUCAUCGACGGGCCGCACUCUGGUCGAGAGGGGGAGAUCCGUCACCUGUUCCGAGGCUUCGCCUUCCUCCACUGUAAGAAGCUGGUGGAGAACGGCGGCAUGUUUGUCUGCAAGACCCGGCACCUGGUGCUGGCCGGGGGGUCAAAGCCCCGAGACGUCACCAACUUCACGGUUGGAGGAUUCGCUCCCAUGAGCCCCCGAAUCAGCAGCCCCAUGCACCAUGGGGGAGGAGGCGCCCAGCAGAGAGGAGGCGGCGGCGGAGGAGGAGGAAUGGGGCGGGGCCGAGGGCGCCGAGACAACGAGCUGAUUGGCCAGACGGUCCGCAUCUCGCAGGGUCCUUACAAAGGAUACAUCGGGGUGGUGAAGGACGCCACGGAGUCGACCGCCCGGGUGGAGCUGCACUCCACCUGCCAGACCAUCUCAGUGGACCGGCAGCGCCUCACCACCAUGGGAGCCAAGAAGCACAGCGGCAUGACCUCCACCCACGGCCGGACCCCCAUGUACGGCUCCCAGACCCCCAUGUACGGCACCGGCUCCCGGACCCCCAUGUACGGGUCCCAGACCCCGCUUCACGACGGAAGCCGUACGCCUCAUUACGGCUCACAGACCCCGCUGCAUGAUGGGAGCAGGACGCCAGGCCAGAGCGGCGCCUGGGACCCAAGCAACCCCAACACUCCGUCCAGGAACGAGGAGGAGUACGACUUCGGCUACGACGACGAGCCGUCGCCGUCGCCUCAGGGCUACGGCGGCACGCCCAACCCCCAGACCCCGGGUUACCCAGAAGUCCCCUCUCCACAGGUCAACCCUCAAUACAACCCCCAGACCCCGGGCACGCCUGCAAUGUACAACACAGAGCAGUACUCCCCGUACGCUGCCCCGUCCCCCCAGGGCUCCUACCAGCCCAGUCCCAGUCCUCAGAGCUACCACCAGGUGGCGCCCUCACCGGUCGGCUACCAGAACACGCACUCGCCGGCCAGCUACCAUCCCACUCCGUCUCCGAUGGCGUAUCAGGCCAGUCCCAGCCCCAGCCCAGUGGGCUACAGCCCCAUGACGCCCGGAGCGCCCUCUCCUGGAGGCUACAACCCCCACACCCCCGGCUCCAACAUCGAGCAAGGCGGCAGCGACUGGGUCACCACCGACAUCCUGGUGCGGGUCAAAGACUCCUUCAUGGACCUGAUGGGACAGAUGGGCGUCAUCCGCAGCGUCACGGGGGGCAUGUGCUCAGUGUUCAUGCAGGAGUCGGAGAAGGUGGUCAGUAUCAGCAGCGACCACCUGGAGCCCGUCACUCCCACCAAGAACAACAAGGUGAAAGUGAUUCUGGGAGAAGACCGCGAGGCGACGGGCAUCCUGCUCAGCAUCGACGGAGACGACGGCAUCGUGCGCAUGGAGCUGGACGACCAGCUGAAGAUCCUCAACCUGCGCUUCCUGGGCCGCCUGGAGCACUGAGGGGGCGGGGCUGGGGGGGGCAGCAAGGACUGAUGGGA